AUGGUGUCAUUUAAAAUGCUUGUUUUAAUCCUGGCUCUAUUUCUGCUUCAGAGGGCAAACACAUCCCUCAUUAAGCUGAAUGGCAGUGGCUAUGAAGACGUGGUCAUUGCAAUUGACCCAAAUGUACCAGAGGAUGAAAAACUUAUUCAGCAUAUAAAGGAUAUGGUGACAGAGGCUUCAACUUACCUGUAUGGAGCCACAGAAAAGAGAUUUUACUUCAAGGCAGUCUCUAUUUUGAUUCCUGAAACAUGGCAGAAAAAAACAGAGUAUGAGAGACCAAAACUUGAGACCUACAAAAAUGCAGAUAUUGUCAUUGAAGUCCCUAAUCCCCCAGGCUUUGAUGUUCCACAAACUGACCAGUUUGGACAAUGUGGAGAGAUGGGAGAGAGAAUUCGUUUAACUCCUGCCAUUGUAUUGGGGGAAAAACUGAAUGAGUAUGGACCACAAGGUAAAAUUUUAGUUCAUGAAUGGGCCCAUUUACGGUGGGGAGUGUUUGACGAAUACAAUGAAGAAGAACCCUUCUACCAGAAUAAUGGAAAAAAUGUACCAGUAAAAUGUUCUGAUGGUAUCACUGGUACAAAUAAGGUAUAUGCAUGUUCUGGAGGGAGCUGUUCCAUCAGGAAUUGUCGGACAGAUCCCAAAACAGGAAAGUUGAACAAAGACUGUAUAUUCAUACCCGAUAAAGUUCAGAGUGAGAAAGCCUCCUUCAUGUUCAUGCAAAGCAUCGAUUCUGUAGUUGAAUUUUGUACGGAAAAGAACCAUAACACACUUGCUCCAAAUACUCAAAAUAAGAUGUGUGAUUCGAUGAGCACAUGGAAAGUGAUCCAGAAUUCAGAAGAUUACAAGAGUUCAACUCCUAUGACAGAAGCAAAACCACCCAACCCCUUCUUUUCACUGAAGCAGAUAGGAGAAAGAAUCCUGGUUUUAGUUCUGGAUAAGUCUGGAAGCAUGGCGAAUGAAAACCGGCUAAAUCGACUGAAUCAAGCCUCCCAACUCUUCCUGCUUCAGAUCAUUGAAAAGGGAUCAUGGACUGGGAUGGUCACAUUUGACAGUUCAGCCACUAUACAAAGUGACCUGAUACAGAUAGAGACUGAUGCCCAGCGGAACGCUCUCAUUUCAAAGUUACCUACUGUUGCUUUAGGAGGAACAUCCAUCUGCUCUGGACUCAGAACAGCAUUUACGGUAAUUAAAAAGAAAUUCUCAACUGAUGGUUCAGAGAUUGUCCUUCUUACUGAUGGGGAAGACAGUUCAAUCAACACAUGUUUUGUGGAAGUGGAAAAAAGUGGAGCCAUUAUUCACACAGUUGCUUUGGGACUUUCAGCAGAUCCAGACCUAGAAAAGCUGGCAGAGAUGACAGGAGGUGUGAAGACAACAGCUACAGAUAAUGCUCAGAACAACGGUCUCAUUGAUGCAUUCAGUGCCCUCUCAUCAGGAAAUGGAGCCAUCACUCAAAGGUCCAUCCAGCUGGAGAGUAAGGGAGUCAGUCUGACAAAAGAAGACUGGAUGAAUGGCACAGUUAUUUUUGACAGCACAGUAGGAAAUGACACUCUAUUUCUUGUCACAUGGACAGCACAACAACCUGAAAUGUCUGUCAUGGAUCCCAGUGGCAAUAUACAUAAAAAUUUUUCAGUGGAAGCAAGCUCCAAAAUGGCAUACCUUCAAAUACCAAACACUGCCGAGGUUGGGAUUUGGACUUAUAGCCUUAAAGCAAGUUCACAAACUCUGACUCUGACAGUAACCUCUCGUGCUGCAAAUCCUACUGUACCCCCCAUUACGGUGGAUUCUAAAAUGAAUAAAGACAACAGCAGCUACCCUAGUCCAAUGAUUGUUUAUGCAGAAGUUCGCCAAGGAUCCUUGCCUAUUAUAGGAGCCAACGUAACAGCCGUCAUCGAAGCAGCAGAUGGAACAACAGUGACUCUCGAGCUCCUGGAUAAUGGUGCAGGUGCUGACGUUUUCAAGAAUGAUGGAGUCUACUCAAGAUAUUUCACAGCCUACCAAACAAAUGGUCGAUACAGCUUAAAAGUGAGAGCCCUGGGAGGAACAAAUACCCAAAGAUCAAGGCCUAAAGUGAAUGGAGCCUUAUACAUACCAGGCUGGGUAGAGAAUGGUGAAAUCAAAAUGAACCCACCAAAACCUGAAAUUAGUGAAGAUGGAAAUCAAGCAAAUACACAAAGUUUCAGUAGAACAGCCUCAGGAGGUUCAUUUGUCAUAUCAAAUAUUCCUAAUCCUAUGCCUGAUGUGUUCCCACCAAAUCAAAUUAUUGACCUAGAGGCUAAUAUUGAAGAAGAUCACAUUAAUCUGACCUGGACAGCCCCUGGGGAUGACUAUGAUACAGGACGAGCUAAAGAGUAUAUUCUAAAAAUGAGUAAAGAUUUCCUUACCCUAAAAGAAAACUUUGAUGCUGCUCUUCAAGUGAAUACUACUGACCUCAUUCCAAAUGAUGCCAACUCCAAGGAAGACUUUGUGUUCAAACCAGAAGAUUUCGUAAUAGAAAAUGGCACCACCAUCUUUCUUGCUAUGAAGGCAGUUGAUAAAGCCAACUUGACAUCUGUUAUGUCAAACAUAGCUCAAGCAUCUCUGAUUGUUCCUUCUCCAGAAGAUCCUUUCAGUCCUUCUGGUACUAGCAUUUCAACAAUAGUGCUAUCUGUAGUUGGCACAGUUGCAGCUGUUGCUAUCAUUGUAAGUGUCACAGUGUGUGUUAUGAAGAAAAAAAGGUAA